AAUCAGCGAGAGAGGCGCAGUAGCAUUUAAGCUCUCUGCUUAUUAUCAGUUGUUUGUUGGUCGUUUGGAAACGCUUGUCGCAGAACAAAGCUUUAACCUAGCAAAUGGGUAUUGACCAGAGAUCGCUUGUAGACUGAUAAACACAAGUGUUGUUAACCAACGUAAGAUACGCAGUUGCAGCGCGUGACAAUGAGACUACAUUCAUUGGGUACCAUAUCGAAAAUCUCAUUGCUUCUGUUGCUCAUCCUGUUGGCGACUCUGUUGUGCGCACUUUCCUUGCCUAUAUUGGAGCAUGCUGCCCAAGCCUGCAAAGACAUAGAUGACUGCGAUCCGUUUCUACCAAUCUGCGCCAGCUACACAAAUGAACAUCAGUUCUUUUAUAGCCACUGUGAUAUGUUGCGGGAAAUAUGUCUGACCGGUAAAGAUUGGAGAACCGACUAUUUAAGUCACUGCAACGUCAGCAAGCUGUAGCUUUAGCCAGACAAUACCAAAACAAAGUUCAUAUCGUAUGAGUAAUAACUCUCAAGACUGAUACUUAAAUAAUUAAAUGUGCACGUUUUCUGAAGAAAUAA